UUGAGUUCGCAAAGGAAUCAGACUUCGACUCGGUUGAAGCCAAAUUAGCGCCCUACCUUCCCCGCUUCCGUCAUCAUUUUCUGUACAUAAAUCAUGUCCACUUUUGCGAAAUCCUCCUUCGAUGCAGCAGUCUACGCUGCAUCUAGACCAACAUAUCCCAAAGCUCUAUUUCAAUUGAUCUUCAAUUAUCACGAAAAAGGCGCUGCGGCAUUCCCUGGAAAUUCCUCUGCUUCCACCACGAAUCAAGGACCACAAUCAUCAACGCUUCGCCCUCGAUGGAACACCGCUAUAGACUUGGGCUGUGGAACGGGCCAGGCGACGACGGAGCUAAGUCCGUUCAAAACAGUAAUUGGUGUGGAGCCGAGUAAGGGAAUGGUACAGAAGGCAAGGGAACAGAUUGAGAAAGCUCUUGGCAGUGAGAAAACAUCACAAUUCUCCUUCGUUCAAUCUUCAGCCGAGAAGCUUGAUUUCUUGGAGAAUGAGAGUGUUGAUUUGGUCAUCUCUGCACAAGCUGCCCAUUGGUUUGAUUGGAACAAACAAUGGCCGGAAAUUGCUCGUGUACUACGUCCCGGCGGAACCGUUGCCUUCUGGACCUACUCGGAAUUUCGCCUUCCUAAAUACCCUUCUUUAACACCGCUGAUUACACACUACCUCCAAGGCAAAAACCCAGACACUUCUUUGGGCCCUUACUGGGAAAGACCUGGCCGAACUAUACUUGAACGCCAUCUCGUGGAUGUACCUGAGCCCAAAAAAGUUCUUGGAGAGUCAGUGACACUGACUGACACCGACCGAGUGUAUUUCUCUGGUCCAUACCAUGAUACUUCCCCAACCACCUCUCCAUCUCCAAACGCACCAAUUACUCUCCCGAUAAUUCUCCGCUCUCAAUCAACGUGGAAUGGUCUUCUUGGGUAUUUUCAUACAUUCAGCUCGCUACAUAACUAUCUCGAAAAACAUCCCGAUGAUGCACUGAAACACGGAGGGAAGACGAUAGCGGAAAGGACGUGGGCAGAACUUAUGGAGGGGGCAGAGAAGGAAGAGAGGGAAAAUAAGGAGUUGGAGGAGCAAGCGGGGGAGGUAAGAGUGAGAGGAGAAGAUGAGCUGAUUGUGGAGUGGCCGGUGGCUAUGGUGCUUGCAAAGAAGUUAUAGUUUGUUUCAUCAGUAAAGUUUUCUACUCAAAUAAUCCCUCACUCACUACCUAUGUAUAUCAGUCUGCCCUUGCGUGAGAAGCAGCAAUAAACACAGCGAUGGCUUUUCGGAAUCCGGAUCCUAGAUACGAUGCUAAAUGUACUGUCCACAAGCUAAAACGUGACGGAAAGCUGCUGAAAGGG